AUGGUUAAAUUAAAACCCUUAGUUAACGUAUUAAAUGUUGGUCGUAUCAAAUAUCAACAGGGCUUACAACUGCAAAAAUUCCUAACAAAUCAAUCAAACGAACCAUUUACCGAAUUUCGAAAUUAUUUGGUAUUACAAGAGUUCGAACCGGUCUAUACUAUUGGAAUACGCACCAAGGGAUACACACAAGAAGAUGAAGAACGGCUGAGAAAGUUGGGCGCGGAAUUCUAUAAAACCAAUAGAGGUGGUCUUAUAACAUUUCAUGGUCCUGGGCAGUUGGUGGCAUAUCCAUUGUUGCAUUUAAAACAAUUUAAGCCAAGUAUGCGUUGGUAUGUUGCCAAUCUCGAACAAAUGGUCAUUGAAACGUGUAAACAAAUGGGCGUUGCAAAUGCAACCACAACCGAGGAUACCGGUAUAUGGGUAGAUGGAGAACGUAAAAUCUGUGCAAUUGGUGUUCAUGGUUCGAGAUAUGUUACAACACAUGGUAUUGGUUUUAAUUGUUGUACCGAUUUGAAAUGGUUUGACCACAUAGUUCCAUGUGGUAUUGAGGGCAAGGGUGUUACAUCACUGAGUGAGGAACUAAAACGGAACGUGACAAUAGAGGAAACUUCGGAAAAACUUAUUGAGACAUUUGGCAAAGUUUUCCGGUGUGAUACAGUAGAGUAUAACAAAGUGGAAUUGGAAGAUGUGUUGGAUAAGGCACGGCGGCAUAGUUAA